GACAUCCAAUUCAGCCUACCCUAUGGCGCUUGAGUCAUCAUUAUCAAAAUUGCAUCCAGUUCAAGUCCACGGAAGUCUUGAACAAGGCACUCUGCCAUCACAUCAUCAGCGGAGAAAUCUUCGUGCUUCUCACUGCUUCUCAUGUCUCGCCAGUGUUUACCAAACACGCAUCCUCAAAAUUGCACAUCCACCAAAGUUGAUCAGCCGCUCUUACAUGUAUACGUGAACUCAAUCAGCACAUUUUCUCCAAGAACCACGGUUUCAUCAUGAGUGCCGACGAAUCCAUCGAGACCCUGCUGAAAUGGGCCUCGAAUAACUCAAUAACUCUCAAUGGCAUACAGCCAGAGGUUCUGCCAGGUAGAGGUAUUGGUAUACUAGCAACCCGGGACAUAAAGGCAGGCGAAGACAUUCUACAGGUGCCUACACCCCUCCUCCGCACAUUUGACAGCACUCCAAAGACAAUAGUCUCUCGUCUCGCGGGGGCCACUGUCCACGCCAUCCUCGCCACGGCUCUGUCCCUGGACAUGAACAACCCGCCAGAGGACUUUCUGCCCUGGAAAGCCGUCUUUCCCACAAAGGCCGACAUCCAGACGCUCAUGCCGCUUUGCUGGCCUUUGGAACUGCAAGACCUCUUGUCAGACACAUCACAAGACCUUCUAUCCAAGCAAAGAGCCAAAUUUGAGAAAGACUGGGCGCUCGUAUCAAAAUCCUACCCCGAUAUGUCACGAGAAGACUACCAGUACGCAUGGCUACUGAUCAACACACGGACAUUCUACCACACCACUCCACGAACGAAAAAGUCACUCCUCAAAGAUGAUAGGAUCGCGCUACAGCCGGUCGCCGACCUCUUUAACCACUCUCCUGACGGCUGCACCGUUUCGUACUCGUACCAGGGCUUCACCAUCACGACUACAAAGCCAGCUUCAAAGGGCGAGGAGCUCUUCAUCCGUUAUGGAUUUCACUCGAAUGACUUUCUCCUGACAGAGUACGGAUUCAUCCUUGAGUCUAACACCUCGGAUAGCGUGUGUCUGGAUAAGUACAUCAAACCUCUGCUGAAUAAAGAGAAGAAGAGUAUGCUCGACGGACGUGGCUACUGGGGGCGAUACAUGCUUGGCAGAGAUGGAGCGUGCUACCGCACGCAAAUUGCCUUGCGAACAUUGGUACUGAGAGAAUCCCAGUGGUUGAUGGUGCUUGAUGGUCUGAGGGGGGAGGACGUUGACCAAGACGCUGUCAAUGCCAUCUUGCUCAAGGCACUGAGGCAAUAUCUGAAGGACAUUGAGGUGGUCAAGGCAAAAGUCAACGAUGCAAGCACGGGUGACAUUACACGAAACACGCUGCGAGAUCGUUGGCAGCAGAUCCAAGAUCUCAUAGAAGCCACGGUGAAAGAGAUAGCAUGA